UUCAGUUACGUUACAAUCGUGCUGGUUUAAACGUCAGCAAAACUGAGCACUGAAAUUCGCAGAACCGAUCGCAAAUCACGUAGAAAUGUUGGAACUUUUGGGGCGAUUUCAGUUGAAAACCUAAUUAGCUGCAGCUCGGACGCCAAUUCUUCAAGGGAACUUCAAGCGGAGUAUUCAUAAAAUGGAUAACCUGGUAACCAUACUGCUGCUCCUGUUCAUCAUCUGCAUUCAACGCUCGCGACAGCAAUCCUUUGCGAAUGCCGAACCUUUGACGGAUAAUGGGAUUUACAUGCCCGGCCUGGAGGACGAGCUGGACUGGACGGGGGCCAACUGGCAGCUGGUGGUCCGCUUUCUGAUGCAGCGCCAGCAGCUGCGCUUCUGCAUCGCACUGGCCAGAUUCGAUGAGCAGCUGGUGCCCGGCACAGCCUGCCAGCCUCUCCUGGCCAACGGCCCGCUCAUGGCCAACUGCGAUAUUGGCAACAUCGAGGACCUGACCAUGACCUUGCGCUACGCCUUCGGCGAAAUUCUGCUGGACACGAGUCGCAAGUGUCGUCCUGGCCUGGAGCUAUUCGGAGUUCGCUGCAGGCGGAGGGCUUAGCCUGCGGAUGGGCUUUACUGAACUAUGAUCAUUUUUAUUCCGUAAAUUAAGGUACAGGCUUUUCAUAUUUUCAAUAUCUGCCGCAUAAAAAAAUUUUGUAUAAUAUAAAUAUAAUAGAUUUUCAAAGUGUU